UUAACGAGACCGCCAACUUCCUUCUGUCGCGCCCGAACUCGCCGGCUGGCGCUCCUCGCCGGCAAAUGCUCUACCGCCUGUGUCCCCGUCCGUGCCGUAGCUCCUAUCCGAGGGUUUUCACGCUAGCAUUUGAUCUCUCCCCCGCCUCUGUCAAUUUUUCGCACGGCCUUCCGCUCUCGCCGGCGACAUCCCGCCGGCCUCCCUCGGUUGCUCGCGACUGAAGCCCUCGGCUGUCGGUUUCCUCUCGUGCCGGCCAAGCUUCCUUCGGGCGAAGUCCCCGACGUGAAUCUCCUUUACCUCGUCGCCGCGCCUUUUGGCCCGAAACCCUUCUAGCCGGCUUUCAUUUCGUUUCGGCCGGAAGGCUCGCCGGAGCGCCUCACAGUCGAAGGACACCGACGGCAUCAUAACGUGAAAAACGUGGGCAUGCUCUCUCCUUUCGAGGAGAGCUUCUUCCCCGACUUCGCCGGACAACGAGCAUUUUCCGCGGUGGCCCAAUUGGCGUGAUGUGAUUCUCUUUACUCCAUGUUCAUAAUGGCAAUCAGAUGUUUAGUCUUGCUACUGAUAAUGACAGGAGCCUUUUCACAAUCUCUGGAUUUGAAGAAAUUUUUGAGUAGUUAUCGUGGAUCUAGUUUCAAGGUUGCUGCUAGGCUAUCUAAGCCUCUUCUUACUGAUGAUGGAAGAAUAUAUGCAUGCUCUGGGAAGAACAUAUUAUUAUUUGACAGCAAUGGUACUGUUGUCUGGAUUAUUCCUCUGGGUUAUUCAUCAAGUGCGGAUAUUUCUCCCAUUAUUGAUGAUAGAGGAAAGAUCUAUUUGAUUGCCGAGGACAGGAUUUUGAAGAUCACACCUUCAAAUAUUGGCACCUCAAAGCCGACAUCGGAAGUAUUUUUUGGGCCAAAUUCAACAAUUGGAGGAUCAGGAGAGAUUAUUGGUUUUUCAUUAAGCAUAUUGUACGCAUGUAUAUUUGUGACUGUUAAGAAUCGGGGACUCUUUGCACUCUCAUUUCGUGGGGAGUUAUUGUGGAGCGCUGGCCCUGUUCUCUAUCAGUUUGGUUACCGUCACGGUUGCAAAGAAAACUCGAGGGAUUGUUAUUUUAGUUCAGCACCUGUUGUUGAUCAAUGCGAGGGAACCCUCUAUAUCUUCAACACCGAGGGGCAGCUUUAUUCCAUAUAUAUGCGGAGUCACCACUAUAGAUGGGUCCAAGAUUUCAGCUCCAUUGACAAGUUUAUGACAGUUAUACCUGGAAAUAAUGGUCUUCUUUACGUGAUAUUUCCUAGAAAGGCUUCAGCCAUUGCACUUGAUGUUUACACUGGAGAUAUUUCAUGGCAAUGGAGUUUUGGCCCUCUGAGUACAGAACAGAGCUUGCCAGUGGUGGAUUCAAAUGGUUGGCUAUCUAUUGGUUCACUGGAUGGUUAUUUGUAUUCCUUCUCACCUACUGGUGAAGUUAAGAAGCUUCUUAAGGCAACUGCAAUAGGUUCAGUCAUCCAAGCUAGUCCAGUUCUAGAUUGCUCAGGAUUUGCUAUCUAUGUACUGCAAACAAAGGUGACAGCAAAGUCAAACCAUGAUAUUGGAAACUAUACCUACAUUUCGGCAAUGAAUCCAACGGGCCUUGUGCUUACAAAUUUGAUUCCGGCGACAGGAACUGUUUAUUGGACUGGAAAUUAUCGCGAACUGACUAAUUUACUCUCCAGUAGUGAUUUACGCUAUUUUACAGUGGAUGAGAGGAUCUUUCUUGCUUUCCUAUCUUCUUCAAGGAACGGGCAAGUCUUUGCCAUGCCACACCAUGAGUAUAAUUCUGUGAUCAUUAACGCAUUCAACCAGAAAAUUGCUUGGAUGUGCGCACAAUCAAAGCCCAAGUUUGAUAAGAUUUACAUAGGCAAUGAGGAAGCAAUCCUGCCUUUCAUCUUCUUUCAGCUUGCUGUCUUAGUGCUGCUAGCUUUCUCUGUCCGCUUCUGCUUCAUAUUUUGGAGGAAGAAAAAGCUGCAAGAUCAUGGCCUUGUGAGGUUCCUUGACAAAAGAAGAUCUUUACACCAUAAACGGAGAACACUUGGAAGGAUGAUCUCGAAGAUAGAGCAAAGGGCGGUGGAAGACAUCGAUGUCCAUCAAACCCUGGAGCAAUUGGGAGAGAUGGUUAAGGCAAAGGAAGGAAUUGAACGAAAGCUAUCAUCCUCUUAUAGCUUGGGCCGGGACAAUGUCAUUUCGCGCCAAGGAUCCAUUUUGCCAUUAUGUGAUGGCAAGGAGAAGAGCCAUUCAUUCCACAGCACAACGAAAGAGAGUGUAACUAUGUUUAACACACUGAGUUCAACUGAAAGUGGAAGCGACAGUGAUGAUAGCAGUGGAAGAGGAAGUAGGUUGAGCUGGCGAGAAACUGAACAAGAGGAGAAGGGCAAAGCUGUUGUUGUUGCAAGUUCUUCCUCCACAAGUAAUUUGGAUUCUGAAAAUGAAAGUGGGGAGGGAUCGGCUUCAUCUACGUCUAGCACAAGGUUUUCCAUGAAUCCUAUGAUUUCUAAGCAUUGGAUUGAUGGAUGGGGAAGUGAGGGCUUGGCAAGGAGGAAAUUGUGGCUAAAGAAGACGCUAUCUUCAACUAACUAAAAUGGGAAGCAUUCACUAUUCUUAUUUUUAUUUUAUCUGGUAUGUGUUCUAACUUCAGUUUAAAAUUUUAUUAUUUACCUGCGUUUUACAGUUAAAUCUGUUACUAGAAUAUGUUGUGGUGCUAAAUUUUAUCCCAAGUGAAAAAGAAGUAUUAUGAUCGUGCUAAGUCUAGCCCUUGAAUGUGCACAUGUACUGUGACAGUUCAAGCAAUAUAGAAAAGUUCACAAGCGGUGAUAGAAAUUUUCAUAUGUAUGUUUUUUGUUUUUUGAAUGAAGUGGUCAAGUCUGUAAA